UUAAAACGUUACGUUAAAAUAUAACAAUGUUUUCUAACGGGAGCCAGCAAGUGUAGCUAUCUUCUAACCGCAAUAUGCGAUUAUUAUCUCGCCAUCAUCGGUGCAAUUAUCAUAUUUCGUCUAUAGGAACGGGCAGUUCCUUCACGCAUGCGUUCUCCUCAACUCAAGGACUCAACUCUCGACAUUGCCUCUGUAAUAAUCGGCACAGCAGUUACUGUACUAUAGGAUGUAGAGCUAACAACGCUGAUAUGGCGUGGAAUCUCUCGACGCACGCCGGCCGAGAAGCGCGGUUGUAGAUGGUGAAAAACGAACGGCAUGUCUUCCGAAGAAAAACCAUGAGAGCUUCCUCGCCUUCGUCCAGCACGAGUUCCGUGUACACCAGCGCCGAUGACGCGCGCCGGUGCACCGGCUACGAGAGGAGCCAGCUUCUCGAUUCGGAGGAUGUCGGGAACGCCUGGCUCCUCGGCUCGCACUCGUCGCAUAUCGAUAGAUCGAGACGAGCACUCGACAGAUUUAAGAUAGACAAGUCGCGAUUUCGUGUACAACAUGUAAUCAUAAUCGGUGCCGUUGUGGCCGCAGUGAUAAUCGUCAUAAUCAUCGGUCUGAUCGCGUACGCGCGUAGCGGCGCUUCGGAUUCGCGAAAUGGUGAGUUUCUCGUGCCACCCGAUCCAGAAAACUUGCAACCACCAUCGUGGAGUAAGUUGAGAACUUUCAGACGCAGCGCUGUUUGUGCGGAUGGAGCACCAUGUGCUGUUAUCGGCAAAUCGAUCUUGGAACGAAACGGAUCGGCGGUGGAUGCAGCGCUGGCCGCGUUAAUAUGCAAUGGACUCGUGAAUAUGCAAAGUUUGGGUUUCGGCGGUGGAUUUAUGAUGACAAUUUAUGAAAGAUCUACGCGCCGGGCUUUUGUUCUCAAUGCCAGAGAUCGUGCACCUUUGGCAGCGAAUUUUACGAUGUACGAUGGGAAAUCUCCGAAUGCGUCUUCAUUUGGCGCACUGGCAGUCGCUGUGCCUGGUGAACUGGCCGGUUACUGGGAGGCUCAUCAAAAAUUCGGUAGAUUGCCAUGGGCAGAUUUGUUCAAACCGAGCAUCGAGCUCUGCGAAAAGGGCUACGUGUUGACAGCAGUGCAAUAUGACGGCCUUGUAUAUAAUAAGAAAAAUAUUUAUAACGAUCCAACUCUAAGGGAGCUGUUUGUCGAUCCCACAACUAACGAGUUUCGUAAGCCGGGCUCUGUCAUUAAACCUCACGUGCUUUGCGAAACGUUGUGUAUUAUUGCUGAGAGAAAUGCGACUGAAUUUUACAACGGGACGAUUGGACGACUUCUCGUCGAUGAUUUGCGAGAACAAGGAGGAAUCAUAACGAUGAAAGAUCUUAACGAAUACAGAGUUUCGUGGGAUCAACCGAUACAAACGAAUCUCUCGGGCGGGAUAAAACUUCUGACUACAGGACUACCCGGUAGUGGAGCCGUUCUCUCGUUUAUUCUUAACAUCUUCGACGAUUAUGGUUUCACACCUGCCAGUAUAGCCGAUUUUAAUGCGACGAUCCUCACGUAUCAUAGAAUGAUAGAGACGUUCAAAUACGCGUUCGCGUUAAGGACAAAUCUCGGUGACGGAGCUUUCGUCAAUAUGACCGAAAUAAUUAGAAAUCUGACAUCGAAAAGCUUCGCACGCGCGAUUCGAGAGAAAAUAGAUGAUGAGCAAACGUGGCAAGAUCCACGGCACUAUGGUUCUUCUAAUUAUGUUGGUGUUGAGGAUCAUGGUACCGCGCACGUAUCGGUGCUAGCGCAGAAUGGCGAUGCCGUAUCGAUUACCAGCACCAUUAACUAUUAUUUUGGAAGCGGAAUAGUCAGCAAAAGAACUGGCAUUUUGUUAAAUAAUGGCAUGGAUGACUUCAGCAUUCCGUUAAAGUUCAACUAUUUCGGUAUGCCACCAAGUCCUAAUAAUUACAUUGCACCAAAGAAGCAGCCGUUGUCGUCCAUGGUGCCGUCCAUUCUUGUCGAUCAGCAUGGUGACGUCAAAAUGGUCAUUGGUGCCGCGGGUGGUACGAAAAUUACAACGGCAGUGUCCCAAGUGACUGCGAAAAUACUUUGGAUGGGGCAGACAGUCAAAGAGGCCGUAGAUUCGGCAAGAAUACAUCAUCAGCUAUUUCCGCCAAAGGUGGCUUACGAAUACGGUGUCCCUAAACAGGUGAUCGAUGGUCUAAAACGUUUAGGACAUACUGUGAAACGCUAUAGAAAUCGCGGCAGCGUAGUUUGUGUUAUACAUUACGAAAAUUCCACAAUUUUCGCGAACGCCGAUUAUCGCAAAGGCGGCGAUGUUUACGGAAUCGAUUGAUUCGCGUGAUUUAUUCAGCCGUCACCUCGUGAUGCAAACCUUUUGCGAACAACAAAAUCUUGUUCAAACAACAUCGAAUAUCUUUUAUGAUUAUUGUAAUAUUGAUACGAUAUCGAUCUUGUUAUCAUUAUUGGCGAGUUUGUGUCUGAAAAAUUGACACAAUAUUAUCGUUCAAUACAACUUUUACACGUUUCUCGUCAUACCUUAUCCUUACAUCGCUUUUCCUUCCAAUGAUAUCCAUUAUCUCAAAUUUAUCUUCCCUUGAACUUCCGAGAUAUUUAUUUAUUUUUGUAUGCAAGCUAGGUAUAAUGACAUAAGUAUAACGACAUACGGAAAUAUCGAUGAAUUUUAUUCCUUGUAAUAUGAUUGAUAUAUAUUUGUAAGAUUCGAAAGCACAGCCUGUACAACGCUUCGUGAAUGUGACACUUAAUUGAAAACUUCUAGCUUUGUCGUGUUUUUUAUACAGUAUUUGUAUAGUAUUUGUAAAGCCUUGACAUUGGCAUUGCUGCGAUUUGUUUCCCGUUUUAAGCUACCAAGUAGCUUAAAACACAUACUGUAUAUUUCAUCUUAAUUUUCACAGUCGCACUCCUACAUAUUUAUUCCGCGAUAUUCCUAAAUAAGUUUCUCUAUUAUAAUUUUUUAAUAACUUUCUUAUUUAAUAAAAACUAAAUUUUAUUACAUGAAAUAAUGCACUAUUUUAACGACUAGUACUUUGCUAAGAAGGAACUAUUUUUCAUAUCCUUGGUACGUCACUGCGCUUCUCCUUCUUCUAGUCUUCUUGGGGUCAUGGAGCUUUCUGCGAUGUAAAGGCGGCGUUUGGGAGCGUCGCUCAUAUACAGCAUUGCUUUAGCGCGAUUCCCCUACUACACUCGGCGAAACCUGUUCUCGAAGCCGUCAAAGGAGGAUUCGCGAUUUAGUCGCCAGUUUGAGAACAGACCGGAGUCGAUUAAUGCUAACGUCUUAUCAGGAAAUCGAUUAACGGUACUAUGUACCCGCGCCCGAUUUCCUUUCGUCUGAUCAUCGCCGUCCUUCGAAUAUGAUAGACAAUUUUCUUCGCACGGCAUUUUCGUAAAACGUUGAAAAACAAAGAAGAAAGGAAGAGCUGCGGACUUUGUCAUCCGCUGACUUAGCUGCGAUAACGUUUUCUACAAGCUAUAAUUAAACGUCAUGUCGGCGAGAAGAGCACGAGAACGAGCACGUAUUCCAUGCCUAGUCGAGAUAAUUCAUCGUUCGUAUCACUACUCGACCUUGACGAAACUGCGCCGUGAAUGAAAGAAUUCACUCUUUUGAAUAUAAACCAGAUGCCAGAUUCGCAUGCGUGACAUUUAAUGAGGAACGAGACAACAUUAUAUGAGAAUAUCGAAUAAGAACAUAAAUAUCCAAAUAUAAAACAUCUGUUUAUAUCAUUAAUUAACAGAUACCGACGAUACCUGCUUGAAUAAAUAUUAUAUUUCACUGCAAAAACACGCGCGCAGCGAUGAAUAUGUCAUGUUAUGGAUUCUGCAAACGUAUCAAAAUAUUUUUCAUAAAAUGUCGGGGUACGAAGAAUAUUAUUUAUUAAUUUUAUUGUUCUCAUCGCGAUGUUAUUCAACUCACUAAUGUCAGCAAAAAAUCUUACUAAAAAAAUUCGCAUGUAAAACAAAAAAGUUAUUGUAAUCGCGUGAUCUAAAAUAAGGUGAUUCGAGAAAUACAAUAUUCUAUAAUCUAGAAAUUUCGUUGUGACGAAUCUUUUACGCUUCGAUAAUUUCGCAUCGUGUGUCGUAGAGAAGUAAGUUCGAUCUUGUGUGUGGGUCAAUGUGUGAUAUCGGCUUUCUUCACACAACGCCGAAUGAUAUUCAUAUCCCGCUCGGUGAAUGUAACAACAAAAUAUUUCUCGAACUGUUUAUGUCCUCGUUAUGAGCGUCUCGCUGCACAAGGUGAAUUGCGAGUUCACGCCUUAUUUUUAUGAAUGAUUAGAAAACGAGCUGACACGCGCUUUUCCUAUCGAUAAUAUAUAAAUGUCGUAAAUGUCGAUUCCUCAAAUACGCAUGUGCAACUAAUGCGUGUUUUCGUUCCUUUCUAUUCGUUUCAUUCUCGCAAAUGUUUUCAACUUAACGCAGAUCAACAGAAUUGCCAAUGCGAUUCUUCAAGGAUUUUUCUGAGAUAAGUCGAAGUGCAGUCCUGAAUAUAAAACUUUUCUCUUCGGAAAUCAAAUGCACUUUGUUGAAGGCAGUGCACUGUUGUGCAGUUGUAUCAGCGCUGCACAAUCCAUAGAAUUUGUAGGAGGCAAUGCACUUGGAUGUCGGAGAAGCUUACGUGUUGGAAUUUUCUAGGUCACGUGUGCCUGGAACAUAGAUUAACCACAAGUCGCCGUGCCGGGAGGCCGUCGCCGGUGAAGAGAACCUCGAUACGCGUCGAAUCGCGCGAACCGCGCAUGCGCGCGUGAGCCGGGUCGACGUAUAUAAACUCGGGUCGGCGAACGCCGCGCGAGCAGUAUCGAAUCGAUCUUCACGGUCGGGACACGUUCUUACAAGGCGUUUCACAAGGCGUAUACGUUUUGCGCAGUCUGCGUCGCGAGGCGACUCUACUUUCAUAUUUUUCAUAAACGACCCCGAGAGAAUCGAAUCCCCGUAAGCUAUGUCCGAGGCGCACGUUGACGAGUACGAGCACUUCAACUACGACUACGACAAGCACAUAUUCACCGCCCACGGCGGCAAGCAGAGGAGCAAACGCGAGGCCGUAGCACAUACCAAUCAUUUCGACCCGAGCGGCCAUUCCAGAAAGAUCCUCACCAAGCUGAUGAAUACCGAGCACAACAAACGGCAGAUCAGCAAGAGCAAGGAGUAGAGAUUACGGCACGUUCCUAUUCUCGUGAGCCGGCGUCAAGUUGGAUCUCAUCUCAUAGGACUUAGCCCCCACCUAAGACGACCGGAAUAAGAGAAAAACACAUUUCUUCUCUCUCUCUCUUUUUUUACUAUCGAAAAUGCAUUUAGUCGUAGGUUCUCACUCAACGUAAUAUCGGCAUGGUAACUCGUGCUUCAUCAUCAUCAUUUAUGUCAAAGGCACUGAUGAUUGCGUUAUUUAUCAAAGUAUAAAGUAACGUAUGUUGCACUUCAGCUUAUUUCGUGAAUCUGGAGUUUGCAUGAUACUUUUUUUUUGCCUUUCUCCAUUUUGCGUAAGAUAAUUAUGGUGAUACUAUAUUAAUUUUUGCGUGUUUAUUUGAAUUCGUUGAUAAGAUAUGGUUGAUUAAACUUCUGCUUCGAUCGCGAAAAAUCUAUGAUCUAAUAAAUGAUAAUUUAAUCAUUAACUGAAGCCUUUUUUUUUUAUGCGUGCGUUUUUCACGCAUGUAACGAUGAGCAAUCGUCAUUGAAACGAGCAAUUAUCGAUAAACAUCGUGUAUUUGGCUAUCGAUGUCAUCAUAACAUAACAAGCCACUCGUAUCGCGACAUACUGCAAAACACAGUUACACAGUUAAGGAAGGCUGAUUGAUCGAUUCAAAUUAAACCGAGAAUGUUCGAUGUUCAAUCACGAUGGAUUGCUCACGUAUAUUGUGAUCGAUUAUAUUGGUUUAGAAUUGCGUAAUAUUCCUCAAGUUUUGCGUGAGGAAUUAGUUUAUUAUCUUAUAUUGAUGUAUAAGCAUUAAAAAGAUAUGAUUGUAUCGAAAACACUACGAAAUAAAAAUUUCUAGUUAACGAGAAU